AUGACCGCGAGUGGAGUUACUGGGUUAGGUCUGGGUUGGUUCAGAUGGAUCGGGGAUCCUUACAAUGUACGGAAAAGGGGCGUUCAAAGGACCGUGCAUGUGCUGCACAAUUCGGAGCAGCCGGCCUCGGUGUUCGCCCUCCUCGAGUCGGGCAGCAAAGUGGUGCCGUUGAUAGCGGACGGCCUGUUCGACCUGCUGAUGUUAAAAAUGACGAGCAUCUACACGAGUAAGAAGCAAACGAAGAUCGAGUCCAAGGGGCCGCGAUUCGAGAUCGGCGACUUCUGCGUCAAACUGGGCAGCGUGACGAUGAGCCAGAAUUUCAAAGGCGUCCUGGUAGAAGUCGAGUAUAGACCGUGCGUCGUGCCGGCGAGCGCGUGGGAACUCAUACGCGAAUUUCUGCAGGGAUUCCUAGGCUCGACCGUGUCCAAUCAGGCGCCUCAGUAUCUACAGAACCGAAUGAAUGAAAUUUAUCAGCCGAUGGACACGAUACAGCAGUAUCUAGAACAUUUCGGUCAAUACAGGAAAGCCACGGGAGUAAUUUAAGGGGAAUCAUCGUGGCGGCAUUAUUUAUUUCACUACGUGACAUUAACGGUGAAAUCGAUCGAUUCCACCGAUCUCGCUAAUAUUUAUUAUGUUACGGUCUGCGCGUAUCUAUAACGAUAUCAGUAUUCCCCGCGUAUUAUUUGCGCAUGUUAAUUUUAUUGCCAGAGAUUUGUAUUGUGUUUUAAUUUAAAUAGUUUUUUUUAAAUUAGCAUUAUUUAAAUAGUUAAUAAAUUUUUUUCAGAAUAGCAAUUUGCAUGUAAUGAUAGCUGAAUGUUCUCAAAAUAAUCGCGAGAUUUUCGUCAGAAAUUCGAUCUUUUUUUUUUAUCUUCACACCUAUUUCAAUCUUUUGCGUACCGAAUUAGUUUUUGUACUUGAGCAAAGAUUAAAUUCUUAAUUUAACUUUUAAAAUACAAUUUAUUUAUAUUACUUCGAGAUUCGUAGAGAUUCCAAAGAUACAGCUCGCAAAAUCGGUGCGUGUGCACAAUGUGACAUGACAUGCCAUCUACAAGAGAAUGCGAGAAAACGCGAGUUGAACAACCGCGCGAUCGAUAAGAUUAUUAUGAAUAAUAAAUCAAUAUGCAUAAUAUAUAAUCUAAUGAAUAUUACAAUCUAAUAUUGUCGGUAAAGUUGACUUUUAUAUUUUAUCAACUGAAACUUACAGAAAUAAUCAAUUUUUAUGGCUACCAGAACGCGUUUUGAUCAACAAUUGUUAAAUGCAGUAUUCCUGCUCAUCGCGCAAAGCAGGAACAAUUAAUUGCUUUCCAACGCACGACGUCAAACGUCAGUUCGCACUUUUAGUUAUUAUUAGAAGUUAUCUUUUAAUUGCUAAGCAUACUAAGAAAGACAUUGCGUGCUCAAUAAUUUUCAACAGCAGGCCACUGUUUAUUUUAAAUAAAAUUACCGUAAUUUUAAUUA